AUGAGCUCAAUGACGUCGCUCGAACACGUCUUCACAUCGGCACGUGUCCAUGCCGCUGUAGAUGCCGAGUCAAAGCAUGUAUAUUUCGAUGAACGGCUAGGCGUGGUCGUCAGGUUGUUGUUGGGGGAGGUGGACGAAUGCCGCGUCUGGGAGCUGCUCAGCCAUCUCCAUCUCACCGUCCAUCUCAGCUACGUCGAUAGCCAGCCAGACGACACGGACACGCCACCAAUCUUGGUAUCUUCCGUCCAAUCCACCGCUGCUUGGGGCCUGCAGCGAGAGAACGGAGCGGCGGGUGAGAAGGCCUGCUGGAUCGCAACCUCGGUUGUCCACGUUGACGCUGUGCGCGUGCGCAUGAAUAUCUCCAAUCCACUAGCUGCGCUGACGUGCAAUAUCACUUAUAUGCGCAGCCAUCGAGACGUUGCUGGUGCGCACGCCGACGCUGACGAUAACACCAACACACCCACACGCAAAACCCCCGAUAAAGACAGCGAGUUGCUAGAGAGCUGGGACAGCUGGGACAGUAUCAAUCUGCUGGAGGACAUUGCUCCCGAUAUGCCGCAGAAGCAUCAGAACAUCGAUAUACCUCAAGAUACCCAGGGCACUCAAAACACGCUGCACUCACUCUCACUCUCAGACACUACUUAUAUACCCAUCUCAUCUGCACUCAGUGUCCGAAUGCGCGCUGUCAAUAUACCCUUUCUCCUCGACUCUCACCAGCCUCACUUGGCACUGGGACUGGAAGUGGAGAACUGCACCGCGCGUGCUCUGUUUAUACACGACGCUGGCGUGCGAUUGAAAGAGGCGAGUGUCGAGAAUAACGUGGAGCUGGUGGCGCGGAGGCAUGACUUGAGUGGGGCUGAAGGUAAUGAUAACGGUGAUGGCCAUGCUCAUGGCGAUAGCGCUAUUCCCAUUCAGAUCCUCGCUUCCGAACAAGUCAACCUCAUUUACGUCGUUGUCUUCCAACCGACACAGGAGGUUUCAAACUCUCACCAACCUCACCGCCCUCGCAGUAGUCACCGCUCUCUCGCCAAGCAACGUAAAUUCAACGUGCACAUAUGCAUACGCACAAGCACACGCACACAAAGUUGCUCACCGACGAAUACACUGACUGACCCAGUUUUGGAGAUGAAGUGGAACAGUGUGAUAGAUAUCUCUAAUGCACUGAUAGACAAGAGGCCCUGGGGGAGUAGUGCUUUGAUUAGCUCUGGCAGCGGGAGUGCGCCGCGCCUAGUGCCUCAAGCAGCUCCGGUGGCUGGAAAUAAGAAAUACGCCUUCUCAAGUCUGCAGCGCUCGGCGGAAGAGGCAGCUGCGAAGGAUAGACGAGGGAAUAGUCAUGCUCGCCUCGUACACAGUGAGAGCGAGAGUGAUAGUGAUAGUGACAGUGAGGGUGAGGCUGAGUUGCCAGACAGCACCGCAGCAACCUCGUCGAAAGAAACAGUUCUGCUAAGCGUGUCUGUCCUUAAACCCACACGGUCAGCCAGGGCGGACCAGCGCUCACCGUCGAUAAUGAGUCCAGGAAUACGCACCUCUCUCACCCAUACCCACACCCACGCCAUCAAACCACUCGACAUCUUCCCUGUCGAAGUGUUUCUCUUCAAUAAUAGCACUAUCGCCAGACGCUUCGUUGUCAAUUUUGCAUCGCAUACCCAGUCCCAAAUGGGUCUGCGCAGUCAGCGACUGUCGUUGGAGGAGAGGCUGCUCGGUGAGAAUGAAAAUGAAAAGGAGGCAGAGUCCGGGGCUGCUAGUGAAAGCACACGCGUAGGUGUAGUGCCACUUGAGAACCUCGUUAGAAUUGGCCCUCUUCUUCCGGGCAGCUGCCAGAGCGUUCACGUUAACUUCCUCGCUCUCGCUAAAGGUACCCAUGCUAUAGAUAAAUUAGACCUGUACGACCCAGAUACCGGCUUUAGCUCGCGUCAGAACAACGUCGCAAGUAUCGUCGUUUCGUGA